AUGCCAGCCAUGAAGAAACGCGAAGCGAGCGAGGAGGCGCACGACGUCGCUGCCAAGAGUGCCGCAUUCGACGACGACGCCGCGGUGGAGCUGAACUACGCCAUCCGCAAGGUGAUCACUGCGCACGCCAACGAACUGUACGAUCACGCGCCCUCGCUUGUGCAGUUCAGAGCCAAGGGCCGCAUCCACCGCCACAUUGGCACGCUCCUGGGCAGCGCCCGCGCCGGCGCAGAGGCGGGCCGCCGCUUCGAGGCCGACAAGAAGGCCGCUGCGGCGCCCGAGAAGAACUCGGCCACACCGAGCCCCAAGAAGGCCAAGCACGAGUGA